UCCAUUUCGAAAUACUUGUGGAAACUUUUUAUGAAUCUUUUUUGAGAUCAUAGACAGUUUUAUUAGUACCUAAUCUUAAAUUGCCUGCUUAAACGCAUUUUGAAUAAUGCUAGUUCCACAAACAUUCCAGGAAUAUUCCAAAGAACCUCCUAAGACGCCUUUCGACCUCAACAAAAAUCUGUAAAGGCCUCUUAGGAACUUACUAUCUACUAUCUUCUUAGUAACAUUUUUUAGGGCUUUGUUUAAAAUUUCCUUGGAACGUCGUCAUACAUUAAUUGUUGGAAAAAUGUGUUUGAAACGACCUCGUAAUCCUUCCUUUUAAAAUACCCUUCAGCCUUAAGCUCAACAGCUUCAUGGAUCCAAGUAUCACGAGCUACGAGUCUAUGACAUUUCUCGAAUGCGGGGUUUGUUUCCUGCAAAAUUAUAAAUAUUGCCGCCUGAACUUCUUCACUGUUUUCACACGCUAUAUGACUGUCGAAUUGGCAUAUUAUUUUAACUAUUACCAUUGAAUAACACUCAACGCUAUAAUGUACAACUGUGCCAUUACUGAUUACAUUGGGAACAAUUUACCUUCAGAAUGAUAUGCGCCAUGCGGGUCAGAAUGGGUGAACAUUGUCCUUCCCGACUUCCCCAUAAACGUAAAACAAGAAAAUUUACAAACUUGGGUAGUCAUCUUUGGCAUUUUCUCGCCUGCUGUAGGAAUGCUAUAUUUACUCGUAGAUAAACUUGAAAGACGUAAUUUUUAUAUGAGUUUAUAAAAACCCCCAUUUAUCCCGGAGGAAGACAAAAAGCUUUGAAAAUAAAUCUAAAAAUAAAACUUGAUCAUUAGUUAGCGUAUAGCAUAAUUUAGUUUAAUUUUUACGCUCCGUCAUUUAUGGUUUGAAAAUAUGGAACAGUAGUAGGAUGGACCUUGUAUAAAAUUUGGGACUUUAACCUAAUCAUUAAAUUACAGUAAACUACCGUCGCGUAGUGACGAUAGUAAAAAGGAAACAAAAAACCGCGAUGUUUAAACUGCCAUAGCUUGUUUAUUUACUUAAACUUCAUAUAAAUAUCUGUUCAAUAAUUUUCAAUCCUCAGUUAUCUGGGAAGCAUAAGACCGUGUCGAUAAGUGUAUAGAUCACAAAGAAUGGGUAUUUUUCCGAAUUUUGUUGUGUUUUUACUCAUUGCCAUUGUUUAUGAAUGCGCCAGUGCAUCAAGACGCCAACGACGGCCACAGCCAAGCGGUAUAGCAAGAAGACUUAAGCAAAGCAGCGAUUUUGCUUCAUUUUUCAGUAAUGGCAAUCUUGGCGAAUCCAACGCUUGCGUGCAUCACCUAUGCUCUAAUGUUACCAACUAUCCCACCGUUGAUGUUAACACUAUUAUUAAGAAAAAGAAAGAAUUCCACCACUUCUUCGGAUCUGUUAUUGAGCCAUAUAGUCCUCCAGAAAUUUUAGGAAAGGCGCCGGUUUAUGGCGCGACGGAGGACCAAAAUAUGUGCCCAGUAAAGACGUACAAGCUAAGCCCACAAACUGCACUAAGCGUAACAAUGAAACGUGUUGUAAUUGUUAACGUGGAAGACUUCAAACAGGUGGUCUCGUUUGAAGUUUGUAUACCAAAUAAAAAAUGUUUUAUGGACGACCGUAAACCCCUUUUCUACGAAACGUUCUGCAAGCAACAGUAUACUCUAAUACGGUUGGUGACCGUUGCAGAAUCCGGAGAUCUAAUAUUGGACAAUGUCCCCAUUCCAUCCAGUUGCGUUUGUUCGUAUAAGAGAACAGUGUAGUUAUGCGACGUGCAUUUAUCUUUUUAUGGAAACAUACGUUGAUGCCUUGAUGGUUUGGUUCAUUUAAAUACAACACCUAAUAUACAAAAUAUAUUGUAAAGUUGAACUGUUCGAAAAUCGAAAAUUAUUUAAAUAUGCACAUAAUAAAAAUUCGACGCCUUGUUUACUUUAGAG